UUUACAACAGACUAAAUGACAAUAUCACUGUGCAUUGACAAUGAUCUAAUAUUUUGCUCGCAGCUCGGAUCAACUGCAAUUGGUAUACAGACAUCAGAGGGUGUAGUACUUGCUGUAGAAAAGAGAAUUACAUCUCCACUUAUGGAACCAGCAAGUGUUGAAAAGAUCGUGGAAAUUGACAGUCACAUAGGUUGUGCCAUGAGUGGUCUAAUCGCAGACUCCAGAACAAUGGUGGAUAAAGCAAGAGUAGAAGCACAGAAUCACUGGUUCACAUACAAUGAGCAGAUGAGUGUAGAAAGCGUCACACAAGCAGUCUCAAACCUUGCACUUGAGUUUGGAGAUGAUGAUGCCAGAGAAGGUGCUAUGAGUCGUCCAUUUGGAGUUGCUUUGUUAUUUGGAGGAGUGGAUGCUAAAGGACCCCAACUUUAUCACUUAGAUCCAUCAGGAACAUUUUUCCAAUACGAUGCCAAAGCCAUAGGUUCUGGAUCUGAAGGUGCCCAACAGGCAUUAGAAGAGGUUUAUCACAAGUCCAUGACAUUAAGAGAAGCUUGCAAGUCUGCACUUACGAUACUCAAGCAAGUCAUGGAAGAGAAACUCAACGCUACAAAUGUUGAGCUUGGGACUGCCACACCAGAUAAGAAAUUCCGGAUGUUCACAAAAGAAGAGAUCGAAACCCUUGUACAAGAGAUCAAAUGAUUGCAACUCCAAACAAACAAAAAAAAAUACUCUGUUUAGGGCAAUACACAUUGGCACUUAGUGUUUGUUAAUAAUAAAAGUCAGUUGAUGUUAAUUAAA